AGACACGGCACCGGCGGCACGCUGGAGCCAGAACAAGUCUGACAUGUUCGUGUGCAAAUCGCCCAAAAGUCAGUCCGAGGAUGCGUCAGCAGAGCAGAUGUGUAUGGUCGAGUAUGGCUGUGAGACGGAACCGAACUAUUCCGUGCGCACUUCAGAGCAACAACAAGGCCAUGACAACUUGGCUUAUGAGCAUGGCAGCCAAAAUGACCUCUGCUCUUCAGUCAAAACCUCCACAGAAACCUUUAAACUCCUGGGCAUUGCCCCGGAGCACCCCAUCCAUGCCGUCGUGGAAAGCAAGAUCUCCAGGCUGAAUGGCGUGCUAGCGGUCAGCUCAGCUGUUACAAGCCGGCUGACCAAGGUGGACUACUUGAGUUCUAUGAUCUCUGCUGCAGAGAUAGCUCAGGAACUGUGCAAGAUGGGCUUCCAUGUGGAGUCAGGGGUGUGGAUCAGUGUGAAUGGCAUGCGUCGCCAUUCUUGCAUGGAGACUAUCGAGCAGCAUGUGACCUCUCUGCGUGGCGUCUUACAUGUUCGGGUGUCACUUGAGGAGGGUAAAGCACUGGUUGUAUUCCAACCACUUCUCAUCACACGACAGGAGGUCAGAGACAAAAUUGGGGAUUUGGGAUUUGUAGCUACGUUACUGGAUGAUGAUCCAUCUGGAGCUAUCAGCCACUGGCAGACGGAUGCAACCCAAAAUGUGACCGUUUGGAUUGGAGGAAUGACUUGCAACUCCUGUGUACAGUCCAUAGAGGGGAACAUCUCUCAGAUUAUGGGUGUCUACUCCAUUGAGGUGUCACUUAAAGAAGAAAAGGGAACAAUUACAUUUGACCCUGGCCUAACAGGGCCAGAGCAGCUCAGCGUCGCUAUUGAGGACAUGGGCUUUAAUGCAUCACUCCGAGAACCUUUCCAGCCUCAAGAAGCAUCGUUAAGCCAUGAACUCUCUGACCUUUCUGACCGGUCUUGUAGAACGGAAUUUAGCAAUGGCACCGUAUGUCAUUCCACUCCUGCAAACCAGCAGACUGGAACUAAAGAGCAAAAGUGCUUCAUCAGUGUGAAUGGAAUGACCUGCGCCUCGUGUGUGGCCAACAUUGAGAGAAACCUACUAAAACAUCAGGGGAUCAUCUCCGUUUUGGUGUCAUUGAUGGCUGGAAAAGCAGAGGUGAAAUACAAUCCUGACGUGAUUGACGUUCCCGCUGUGACUCAGCUUAUAGAGGAUCUGGGUUUUGGUGCCAAGUCCAUCGACGACAACAGAACCACACAUGGGGAACUGGACCUCAUUAUAAUUGGAAUGACAUGCACGUCCUGUACCCACAAUAUUGAGUCCAAGCUCAACACAACUAAAGGGAUCAUUUGUGCCUCUGUGGCCUUGACAACCAAAACAGCAAGCAUUCAAUUUGACCCAGACGUACUGGGACCUCGAGAUAUAAUCAAGAUCAUUCAGGACCUUGGCUUUGAAGCCAGUCUGAAGAAGGUGGGGGUCAAAAGCAAUCUUGACCACUCCGAAGAGAUUCGACAAUGGAAGACUUCAUUCCUGCUUAGCCUAGUCUUUGGUCUGCCUGUAAUGGGCCUCAUGAUCUACAUGAUGGUGAUGGACAGUCAGCAUCAGCAGCAUGGCGGUGUCAUGCCAGAGGAGCAAAGCCUGCUGCCAGGCCUUUCUGUCCUAAAUCUGACCUUCUUCCUGCUGUGUACGCCUGUCCAGGUGUUCGGUGGCCGGUACUUCUACAUCCAGGCAUAUCGCUCUUUGAAACAUGGCACAGCUAACAUGGAUGUCCUUAUUGUGCUGGCCACCUCCAUCGCAUACAUUUACUCUUGCGUUGUGCUCAUUGUGGCCAUGGCAGAACAAGCCAGUCAGAGCCCAGUCACAUUUUUUGACACACCACCAAUGCUUUUCGUUUUCAUUGCACUGGGGCGGUGGCUGGAGAAUCUGGCCAAGAGUAAAACCUCUGCGGCUUUGGCCAAGUUAAUGUCACUACAAGCCACCGAUGCAACUGUGGUCACAAUGGGACCUGACCACUCCGUUAUCAGUGAGGAGCAAGUGUUAGUGGAGCUGGUACAACGGGGUGAUGUUGUGAAGGUGGCGCCAGGAGGGAAGUUUCCUGUGGAUGGAAAAGUAAUUGAAGGAAGCUCAAUGGCAGACGAGUCUUUAAUCACAGGAGAGCCGAUGCCUGUCAGUAAGAAGGUGGGCAGCUCGGUGAUUGCCGGCUCCAUCAAUGCUCAUGGCGCUCUUCUUGUGGAGGCCACCCACGUUGGCGCAGACACAACCCUGUCACAAAUAGUCAAACUGGUGGAGGAAGCCCAAACUUCCAAGGCUCCCAUUCAGCAGUUUGCUGACCGACUCAGCGGAUAUUUUGUGCCCUUCAUUAUUGUGGUCUCUCUUCUAACUCUGGUAGCGUGGCUUGCUGUCGGCUUUGUCAACUUUGACAUUGUGAGAGAAAACUUCCCGGGUUAUAAUAUCAACAUAUCCCAGGCAGAAGUCAUCAUCCGGUUUGCCUUCCAGGCAUCCAUCACGGUUCUUUCUAUUGCAUGCCCCUGUUCUUUGGGGCUGGCGACCCCGACAGCAGUUAUGGUGGGCACCGGGGUGGGAGCGCAGAACGGGAUUCUCAUCAAAGGAGGCGAGCCUCUGGAAAUGGCGCAUAAGAUCAAUGUAGUGAUGUUUGAUAAGACCGGGACAAUCACUAAUGGCGUGCCGCGUGUGACGCGCGUGUUGGUGCUAUGGGAGAUGGCCCGAAUGCCUCUAAGAAAGAUCCUGGCAGUGGUGGGAACAGCAGAGGCCAGCAGUGAGCACCCACUUGGCAUUGCAGUUGCCAAGCACUGUAAAGGAGAGCUGGGCUCUGAUGUGCUGGGUUACUGCCAAGACUUCCAAGCAGUGCCCGGCUGUGGGAUCAGCUGUCAGGUUACCAAUGUGGACCACCUGCUGCCACCGCAGAGCGAACGGCAGUUCCUGUUACCGGGGGCAUACACAGAUGAGGCAGCAGAAAUGCCGAAUGCAGGUGAGAUUGUAGGUUACUCUGUCCUCAUUGGGAACAGAGAGUGGAUGAGGAGGAAUGGCCACCAUGUUGGAGCAGAUUUGGAUGCGGCCAUGUCUAGCCAUGAGGCAAAGGGGCAGACGUCUAUUCUGGUGGCUAUAGAUGGUGUACUGUGCGCCAUGAUCGCCAUUGCAGACACAGUAAAGUCGGAGUCUGCCUUGGCAGUGCACACACUCCAAAGCAUGGGCAUUCAGGUGGCCAUGAUAACAGGGGACAACAGACGCACAGCUAAAGCCAUAGCUGCACAGGUAGGGAUCAGGAAAGUGUUUGCAGAGGUCCUACCCUCACACAAAGUGGCCAAAGUGCAGGAGCUCCAGGAACAAGGCUUGCAUGUGGCCAUGGUAGGAGACGGCGUCAACGAUUCGCCUGCCCUUGCCCGCGCUGAUGUUGGCAUUGCUAUCGGUACAGGCACUGACGUGGCCAUCGAAGCAGCGGAUAUAGUUCUUAUUAGAAAUGACCUCCUGGACGUCGUGGCCAGUAUCGAGCUGUCCAAGAGGACUGUGCGGAGGAUACGGAUAAACUUUUUCUUUGCUGUUAUCUACAACCUUGUCGGAAUACCCAUUGCUGCAGGGAUGUUUAUGCCUGCUGGUCUGGUGCUUCAACCGUGGAUGGGCUCAGCUGCAAUGGCCACCUCAUCACUUUCUGUGGUGCUGUCAUCUUUGCUGCUCAGAUUAUACAAAAAAACAUCGGUGGAGCUGUAUGAGGUAAGAGCAAGAGGCGUAAUGCGGAGUCUUCAGUCCUCACAGAUCAGCACAUAUCCGAGACUAGAAGGUCACCUACGCAGUCCGAUGGCAGGUCCUGCAACUAAAUCCUGGGAACAGCACGUUGCCAAUGGCACGCUCGUUUUAUAG